GGUGAUAUCGUAGAGUACAGUGUCGGCCCCACCAUACCAUAAAAGUCGAGAUUUUGCAGGGAAGAAGCCAAUGAUGCCACGAAACUUUCAUACUCCUUAAAUUUUGCUCAACCAACACUGCCAAGAAAUUUUGCUCCUCCGCCAUGAAUCACUUCUUCAGGAAGUCAUCGGCGGCGCUGACACGGUGGUUGUGGGGCGGUUUAAGCGGAGCUAGCCCGCCGCCGCGGGCGAUGAACACUCCCCGGCGGCUGUGCCAGUUUUCCGGGGAGCUUGAAGCGGAGUCAUGGCAAUCCAUGGAGGGGCUGCUAAAGUGCGCGGCGAAUCAUGCGCCUCUGACCCCCAUAAGUUUCUUGGAAAGAGCCGCCAUGGUUUACGCCGACAGAACCUCGGUUCUGUUUGGUUCUUCUGUUAGGUUUACCUGGGAGCAAACCCACCACAGAUGUCUCAAACUCGCCUCUUCUCUCACUCAACUCGGCAUUUCUCGUGGAGAUGUGGUGGCAACCCUGGCUCCAAAUGUACCAGCAGUUCAAGAGCUUCAUUUUGCAGUGCCAAUGGCGGGGGCAGUUCUGUGUACGUUAAACGCUCGCCACGAUUCGGCUAUGGUGUCGACCCUUCUAAGACAUUCAGAAGCCAAACUCCUUUUUGUGGACUAUCAGCUUCUCCCAGUUGCUCAAGGAGCCCUUCAUCUUCUUGCAGAUGGCAAAGCGAAACCGCCUCUUCUGGUUGUGAUCUCAGAUUCUGAGAAUGCCCCUCCAGUUUCCGAUUCUAGCCCGCACCAAUACGAGUACGAGGCUCUCCUGGAGAAUGGGGAUGGCGAUUUUGGGAUAAGGUGGCCGAGAACCGAAUGGGAUCCGAUUAGUGUGAAUUAUACUUCUGGCACGACUUCCAGGCCGAAAGGAGUUGUGUAUAAUCAUCGAGGUGCAUACCUUAAUACUAUCGCUACGGCUUUUGUUCAUCAGAUGAGUUUCUUGCCUGUUUAUCUUUGGACUGUUCCUAUGUUCCAUUGUAAUGGAUGGAACAUGGUUUGGGGCAUGGCUGCAUUGGGUGGAACCAAUGUAUGCCUUAGGAGAUUCGGUCCGAAAGACAUAUUCGACAACAUUUCGCUUCAUAAGGUCACGCACAUGGGCGCUGCCCCGACCGUGUUGAACAUGAUUCUGAACUCGCCACAAUGUGACCGAAAGCCGCUGCCUCAUAUGGUUAAGAUAAUGACGGGCGGUUCUCCCCCGCCUCCCCAAGUCCUCUGGAAGAUGGAGCAGAUGGGGUUCGGGCUGAUUCACAUCUAUGGACUAACCGAGACCUAUGGCCCGAGCACGUUUUGUCUAUGGAGGCACGAAUGGGAUUCUUUGCCCCCGGAACAGCUUCAGAAGAUGAAAGCGAGACAGGGAAUCCCGCAUUUCUGUCUGCAGGGUGUCGACGUGAGAGAUCCCGUCACCGCAAAAAGUUUGCCGGCUGACGGUACGACAAUGGGGGAAGUUAUGCUCCGAGGGAACACCGUCAUGAGCGGAUAUUUGAAAGACCGAAAGGCGACAGAAGAAGCGUUCAGGGAUGGAUGGUUCCGGAGCGGCGAUUUGGCGGUAAAACAUCCCGAUGGGUACAUCGAAGUCAAGGACCGGUCCAAGGACAUCAUAAUAUCCGGGGGCGAAAACAUAUGCACGGUCGAGGUCGAGAGAGUGCUGUAUGAUCACCCUGCGGUUCUCGAAGCAGCAGUCGUCGCGAGGCCGGAUAACCAUUGGGGACAGACACCUUGUGCAUUUGUGAAGUUGAAGGAAGGGUUUGAGGUUAAAUGUGAGGAGAUUAUCAGUUUCUGCAGGGACCAUUUGCCACAUUAUAUGGCACCUAGGACUGUUGUGUUUGAGGAUUUGCCUAAGACUUCAACUGGGAAGAUUCAGAAGUUUGUUUUGAGGGAGAAAGCUAAGGGGCUUGGCAGUCUUUUCUGAACAGUAAAUUAAAUUAAUAACAUUACCUCAGCAUAUACUGUAAAAAACAUACCUAAACUGGAUCCAUAUUUUGGUCA